AUGGAUGAAAAAUGUUUUCCAUGCGAUCAGCCAAAAAUUGACAAAUUGCCAGCAUGUCCACUUCAGUGUAUGUCGCCCAAAUGCAAAGCUUUUCAGAGGGCUCCGAUUGAUACUAGCAAGAAACCAAUCGUGUGGGUGUUGGGUGGCCCUGGAUCCGGUAAGGGCACACAAUGCGAGAAGAUAAUCGCCAAGUACGGCUUCACACACUUGUCUACUGGGGACCUGUUGAGGGCAGAAGUCAAAUCGGGCUCCGACAGAGCCAAGUGCCUCACUGCCAUUAUGGAACGGGGUGAGCUUGUACCCAAUGACGUUGUUUUGGAUCUCCUGAAGGAAGCCAUACUCGCCCGUGCGGAGCAGUCAAAGGGAUUCCUCAUUGAUGGAUACCCGCGAGAAAAGUCUCAGGGCAUCGCUUUCGAGAAAACUAUUGCACCUGUUACUGUCAUAAUCUACUUCGAAGCGUCAUCAGACACGCUAACAAAGCGUCUUAUAGGACGUGCGGCAAGCUCUGGAAGAGCCGAUGACAACGAGGACACCAUCAAGUUAAGACUCAAGACUUUCCUCCAGAAUAAUGACCUGGUGCUAGCUCAGUACCCUGAGAAAAUCAAGAGGAUAAAUGCUGAAGACUCAGUAGACGCCAUCUUCAACCAAGUUCAACAGAUCUUGGAUCCGCUCGUUGCUGCCUAG